AUGGGAGAGGAUAGAAUAAGUAAUUUACCUGAUGAAAUUUUGCACCGUAUUCUUUCAUUGGUACCAGCUAAAUGUGCUAUGUCUACCUGCAUUUUGUCCAAAAGAUGGAAGUAUGUAUCCAACUCAAUCUCUACACUUGAUUUUCGUAAAUGGCGAACUCAAAAACCUUUUAGCGAAGAAGGAAAGCUGGAAACCAAAUCGUUCAAGAAUUUUCUGGACACAGUAGUGUUUCUCCAUGAAAAGCCUAAUAUCCAGAAAUUCUAUCUUGAUUUGAAUGAGGAUUUUGACGAAUCUCAAGUUUUUAGAUGGGUCAGUAAUAUCAUAAAGCGUAAAGUUGAAGAAUUUUAUCUUUACAUGACAUAUUCGAGGACAUCCUGCAUAUUUCCUCUGUCAUUUUUUACCUAUGAUUCGUUGACACUGCUGGAUUUAAGUUUCGACAAUGAUGUUGUUGAGGCUACGGUGGAGAUUUAUGCUCCUAAUUUAUUGACCAUUAGCUACAUAGCAGUGGCAACAAAUGACUUUCCCCUCAGUAGCUUUCCAUCACUAGAGGAGGCCAAAAUUAGAUUUGAUCUUCGGGAUUGCGACGAAUACGACAUCCUAAACGAAGUAUGUGUCAAGAUUUUUGAAAAGUUUUCAAGUGCAAAGCUCCUUAAAAUCUGUGCUGAAUUAUUUCUGGUUCUAAAUGAAUCAGAUAUCCAGUUGAACAAUUCACUUACAUUUAACAAUUUGAUCCAUCUGGAAGGUUGUAAAAUCGCUUUCGUAGAAGAUGAUGAUUAUUGGUCACUUCCUAAGUGUUUGUCUCCACACCUCAGGGCAAUCAAAUUCAAAAUAUUUGGAAGUCAAUUAAUGGAUCUAAAUACGAUUAAGCUCUUUCUGAAGAAUGGUCGUUUUCUUGAGAGUGUAACCAUUGAAGCUUCUCGAAGGCUCUCCGAAGACCAUUUGAGACAAAACAGUGUAAUGAAGCAGCUUCUAAUGUUUCCGAAACCCCCAAAUUGUGUGGUUAAGUUCUUGACAAGCUCUGAAGACACUCAACAUUACUUUUAA